GUGCCGCGUGCGCGGCGCGUGGCCGCCUGCGACAAAGCCACCGGCAGUUACGCCUCCGCGCUCCUCCUUCCCAAGAGACGCAGAUCUCCACCCCGCGCUCGCCUCGCUUCCCCCAAAAAGUCUUCUCGUGAGAGCUUUCCCCCCCCUCCUCCACCCAACAAAUCCCCAGCCUCCCAGAUUCGUGGCGGAGGCUGCGGCCUGCGGCUGUUCUAGGGUUAGCUCUCGCUCCGCCGGCAUUUCUCGUAGGUAGAUAAAGUAUUGUAAGGGCUUGGGUUUGCAACCGGAGAUGGAUGCUAAAAAGAAGAGGAACAAGAAGAAGAAGGGGAACCAAGGGAAGAACACUGGUGAUGUAACGUCCAGCACUGCAGAGGCUGCCAUUCGGUCCCACAAUCAUGAGACAGCCCCUAAUGACCAUCAUAAUGGCACUGAUGCUGAUGAUGCAAUGUCCACUGUUGGAGAGGAAGCUCCUCAGUACCAGAAUCAUGAGCCAGAUCGACAGGCAAAUCAUGAUAGCACAAACACUGAUGAUGUCAUGUCCUCUGUUGGAGAGGGGAUUCCAUUUCAGAACCUUGACCCUGCCAUGACACAUGAAAAUCACAAAGUCAGUAGUACAGCCCAUGCUGAUCAGAGGAGUGUUGAGAUGUCAGAUUCCACCGUGGAGCUUGACAUGCACAGACUAUAUGAAGCAAAGCUUGAUAAAUUACAUGAUACGAUAAAGAAGUUGGAAGAUGAGAAGAGUUUGUGGCAUCAAAAAAUGAGCUCCAUGGAGAUUGAGGUUGAAAAGUUGCAUAACAAAGUGGAUUAUCAUGCACAGAAUGAGGUCCGUUUGGAGGAAAAGCUCAAUAAUUUACAGAAUGGGUAUGAUGUGCUGAUUAAGAAGGAGGUAGCUUUGGAUAACAAAGUCAGGUCCAUAGAGGUCAUCAAUGAUGCCUUAACUCAUCAGGAGACGUCUCUUAAAGAGAGAUUAAGUGGACUGGAGGAGACAAAUAAAGUACUGCUUGUACAGGUGAAGGUGCUGGAGGAAGCUUCAAACAAUACUGUUGAGGAAAGCCAGAGGUUGGUAAAAGGUUUUGAUGAACUGGCAUCAAGAUUAGGAGUCUUUGAAGCAAAGUCUGCUCUUACUGAAGCCUCCGUGACUAAAAAGGGUAAUGAACUGAUUGUUGAUAGAAGUGUAAACAGUUCUGCAGCAAUUACUUCUGUGGAUAACUAUAGUCCAAUCAACAGCAGUCCUAGCAACGCCUAUGUUAGUAAUCAUCUAGAAGAAGCUCCAAUGCAACUUCCAGAAACAACAAUCAAUGAUGUUUCUUCCGAGGGCCUCAUUGACAUGAAUGCACAUCAAAGGUCAAAGCAAGAUUUUGAUGAACCAAGAACAAGCGAAGAAAUUCUGCCAGUUGCAUUAGAUGAUAUACAGAUUCAUGAGGAAGACCCACAACCACCGGUAGCCGAUGAUGAGGCAGAGGAGGUUCCAUUUUCUGAUGCUCCAAUCGUCGGUGCUCCAUUCCGGUUGAUUUCAUUCGUUGCUAGGUAUGUCAGUGGUGCUGAUUUGGUGAACCAGAAGUAAUUCUCCAUUAAUGCCAUCAAGCAGCUUGAGAUCUGUAUUUCUUGGAAAGAGGAGUCUUCCUGUUUUGAUUCUGCUCACACAGUUAUCUCGCUAAGAUUGUGAGGAUGUAUACGAUGGAUGCACUGAAUUCAACAGAGAUAUGGAACCUCUGUUCAGUUCUUGGUAGUGUGCUCGUGUCACUACCAGUUUUUCUUCCUCCCCUGUCAAUUUUUCAGGGGCAGCAGAAGCUCUUGUUCCCCAGUUAUAGUGUUAUACACACAAGAGGCCUUCCUGACCAUGUGGGGUGUACUGACCAUAUUUAUUCUACAGAAACUGAAAAUUUUUGGUAUUCCAACAGAUGUUUAAUGCACUGAACAAUGACCAUGCAUCUUGAAGAAAGUUGACCAUUUGGAUUUGAUGUAUUGCAUUGAUUGGAUGGUUGCUAUACAAUGUUGUUUUGUCAAAUUGGAA